AAACUGAUAAAAAAAUUCUCCAAUCUUUACGAAAAAAUUCAAGUUAUUAGUGGAAAUAUAGAAUUUUAAAUUUUCUAUUCUGUUAUAUUUGUUACUGGAAUCUUUGGUCUUGUAUAAUUAUUAUCUUGUCUACGAUUAUCUACGGUUACCAUGUCCCGACAGAACACAAGAUUAGACGUUAAGAAAGUUAAUUCCGAGUUAUUUACAUUAACUUAUGGAGCCAUAGUGUCACAAUUAAUGAAAGACUAUGAAAAUGUUGAGGAUGUAAACAAACAGUUAGAUCGAAUGGGUUAUAAUAUUGGAGUACGAAUGGUUGAAGAUUUUUUAGCACGUACUAAUGCUGGAAGAUGUUAUGACUUAAGAGAAACUGCAGAUAAAAUUCAGUAUGCGUUUAAAAUGUACUUGGGUAUAACUCCGGCUUUAACUAAUUGGAGUGCUGCUGGAGAUGAAUUUUCCUUAACAUUUGACACUAAUCCACUAACUGAGUUUGUUGAACUGCCAGAUAAUUAUCAAAAUCUCAAAUAUAGCAAUAUACUUUGUGGAGCCUUGAGAGGAUCAUGUGAAAUGGUACAAAUGGAUGUGUCUUGUUGGUUUGUGCAAGAUCAACUUAAAGGUGAUUUGGCCACUGAAUUGCGAAUUAAGUUCAACAAAAGAUUAGAAGACGCUAUACCUGCUGGAGAAGACUAAUUUGAUUUGGUCUUAUCUGUAAAUUAAAUAAUUAUUAUAAUAUAUUAUAUUUUAUUUUUA